GGACUUGAGCGUUGCUACAUAAGUCAGCAGUCAGUGUUAAGACAGCAAGAGGUUUACAGGGAUCAAUGCUCUGUGUUUUGAACGAUCAUUUAGAACAGAAUAAACCAAAGAAAAGAAUUCAAAAUGAAUCCACGACUAGCAGUACUAGUACUUUUUACGAACGCUCUGUUGGGGAGUGUUAGCAGUAAAUUCGAAUUUGGAACAUCAACAGACGAUGCAGUGCGCACCGAGGGUACAUAUGAGGAUUUGUUAAGAGGAAAAGAGGCCCUGCAGGAAAAAGUACAACAAAUGUCGGAGACAUGCACCAAAGGGACUGAUGGGGAGAAAAAUCCUACAUUUAUAUGUCAACCUCAAUUCAAUAUACCAGAGCAUUUAUCAACUGGCGGUGGAAAUUGCUGUAACUGUACAAAUGGUCUAGCAGAAAUGAAAUUGAUUCUCAAAAAAGUUGAGGCAAAAUUGAAGAACCUCGUCACAACAAAGAAAAGCUGUUUUGCUGAACCUCUACCGAAGGAUUGUGCAGAAAUACUAGCAAGUGGCUUUGGGACAAGUGGGAAAUACGAAAUUAAACCAAAUGGCGAUGGUAAACCUUUUGAAGUUUACUGUGAUAUGGACACAGCUGAAGGCGGUUGGACGGUGUUUCAACGUCGUUUGGAUGGGAUGAUAAAUUUCUACCGUGGAUACGGCAGUUAUCGAAGAGGUUUUGGUAAUGUCGAGGCAGAGUUCUGGCUUGGAAAUGACAAUCUUCACCGCCUGACGUCACAGGAUGAGUACGAGCUUCGAAUAGAUCUGGAAGAUUUUGAGGAAAACGAAGUAUUUGCUACUUAUACAAAUUUUUAUGUCGGUGACCACACGGAAAAAUUCCGACUUACACUAGGAGAAUAUGCUGGCGGCACUGCAGGAGAUUCGUUUGCUUACCACGGCAAUUGUCCAUUUUCUGCAAAGGAUCGUAACAAUAACGGUGGGCGAAACUGUGCCGAAGAACAAGGUGGUGGGUGGUGGUACAACCAGUGUGGAACAGCCAACCUGAACGGACGCUACUUGGGAGGACGCAAUGAGCAACCGUACAAAGGAAUCGUAUGGUAUAAAUGGAAGGGCGAGAAUUAUUCUUUGAAGAAAGUUUCCAUGAAAUUACGACCAAGCUCUUAAUUUUAAAGACUAUACAGCAUAUCUAACAUUGGUGACGUAACUGGAGCGGAUUUACAUGAGGAAGCGGUUCUGAAGUUUUGCUUGUUGUCUUUUGAGUCCUACCUCAAACAAUGCGUUAUUUGUUGAACUUCUUAUCCUAGUCUCAUUUAGAUUGAAGCGAAGGUAAUGCCGUGUUCCCACUGUUGUAAAAACGCCAUUAAAACACUGUAAAUUUUCAACACCU